AUGGGAAGAAGAAAAAGGCGGAAGCGAUCGGCAAAGGGGAAGAGAGAGAAGCAAUCGGUGGCGGAGCUUCCGGAGGAAGUAAUCGACGACAUUCUCACCCGACUACGGGUGGAAGAUCUGCUACGUUUCAGGUGCGUUUCGAAACGAUGGUGUGCCCUAAUUGACUCACCCAUGUUCAUAAAAUUGCAUCUCAACCAAUCACUUCAAACUGGAACCAAUUUGAGUUUAAUUCUGAAAAGUAAUAGUAACUUAUAUUCAGUAGACUUAGAUAUGCUUGAUUGUGUCUUGAAACUUGGUGGUGAAUCUGGUGAUGGUGUCUCACGUUUAGACGUUGUAGAAGUCCAUAGCCCCUUCAAAGCUGAGGCCAGAUGGACUGAUGUAGAAGGUUCGUGCAAUGGUUUGAUCUUUUUGUAUGGUAUAAAAGAUGAAGCCAUUGCAUUGUUAAAUCCUUCCACCAAUGAUUACAGAAUUUUACCUCCAAUGUCACGUGGCGAUGGCACUUCCUACCCAUUUCAUGGACUAGUGUAUGAUCCUGUCGGUGAUGAUUACAAAAUAAUUAAGAUUAUGCAGUUCUAUGGUGAUAAUGAUUCCUUUUCCCACAAAGUAAUGGUUUAUAGUUUAAGAUCGAAUAUGUGGAGGCGGAUUUGUGAGAGCUUCAGUUAUUACCUUUACUUGAAUAUUAAAAGUUCAUCUUCUGGUGUGCCGGUCAAUGGUGCUUUGCAUUGGUUAGCUCGUCGUGGUCGGGUAGAUUUAUUUGACAUUGUUGUUGCUUUUGAUCCUGUGGAUGAGGAACACUGGGAAGUGCAGGUGCCACAGGUUCCUAGUUGUAAUUACGGGAUCUUGGGGGUUUUAGGUGGAUGUUUGUGCAUAUUUUAUGUUACUGAGGAAGAUCAUUCUGAAACCACUGUUGAAUUAUGGAUCAUGAAUGAUUAUAUGGUGGAAUCGUCAUGGACAAAACUCUUAACGGUAACGGUGCCAAAGGUCAAUUACAUGGAUAAUAUCAUGCAGUGGUUAAAGGUUUUGGCUUCUUCCAAUUGCAAUAGGAAAGUUAACUUGUACUGUGUGCUUGGUAAAUUAAUUUGUUAUGACCUGAAAGAGAAAAGGGAUGUGAAUCUUGGCACUGGUUCAUUUUCUGAGGAUGUUAAUGUGAAGAGCCUUGUUAAGCUUAAUCAUUAUCAAUGA